AAAAAAGCUAUUCAAAAGUACAACAACGCAUGCGCAGACGUUUCCGAAUCGUCUUGUAUCUACUGCCCAAAAGUUUCUGAAACAAACCCUUUAAAGACGCAAAAGCCGAUGUAAUGCGCUGGUUUGGGUUUGGUUUUAAUGCUUUUCAACAAAUUCAAACCCAAAAUAAUCCAGAAUACAGCGGCCUCGAUGCCGAGGAAAGGCUGAGCAGUCCGACUGAGCUGAAAGGUCACGUGAACAGAGAUGGUCGCUGUUUUGAGUUUAGUCAAAUCCGAGCAAGCUGGAGCAGAAGAGCAUCGCUGCAUUCGGAUGACGCCGGCUGCGUGUGUGUGGCAGGUUUCGUUAAUGACUCUUGCAGAGGAGUUAUAAAACAAAGCCGUGGCUGCAGAGAUGUUUUCAUCAGUGAGUCCCACCUCACACUCGCUUUCCUGGACAGAGUUGAGUGCUGGGAUCUGCAGAGCAGCGAUGAAACUCCAUCAUGGACCAUGGGCAUUGACACCCAGUCAAAGAGCUCUGCAGCUGUCAAUUUGCCACUGGUUCCUGGUGGUUAUAUAGCCUCCAAACCUCCGUUCUUCCACUCCUUGUCACCUCACAUGCAAGCCAAGAGCCUCGCUUUGGGUGGAGAGCAUGUCAUCCUCCUCACUGCAACUGGAGCUGUUUACACUUGGGGACAGGGAAGUCAUGGUCAGUUGGGACACGGAGGACUCCUCCCUGAGGAGGAGCCCAGGACAGUGGAGGCUCUGUGGGGGAUGAAGAUGAGCUCUGUAUCUGCAGGAGGAUGGCACUCUGUCUGCAUUAGUGAUGCUGGAGACCUUUAUGUGUGGGGCUGGAAUGAAAGUGGACAGCUUGGACUUCCAUCACAAAGGCUGAGAAAAACUUCAGAAAAGAAGACGGACCAACAGGAAGGAGAAUUAAGCCAAAAUAGCAGCACACACCAGGAAGAAGUAUUCAUUUCAAUCCAAGCGUUCCCAGCCCUGUUUGAUGUCACUCCAUUAUGUGAGGUCAAAACAGUGAGUUGUGGCUCACGGCAUACAGCUGCAGUAACAACUUCUGGGGAUCUUUAUACUUGGGGAUGGGGUGAAUAUGGCCAACUUGGACACCAAUCAUUUAGCAGUUCAGAUGAGCCCCAGCGUGUGGAGUUUUUUAGGGCGCAGCAGCUGCAUGUUGUUGGCGUGGUGUGUGGCCCCUGGAACACCUUUGCUGCAGUUGCCAAUGAGGAAGGACUUGCUCCUGAAUAUCCCACAAAACCUCUCAAUAAACAUGGAGAGUAACAUUUUAUACCAAACAAGUAUUCUAACAAUUGAGAUUUUGUAUUUAUUUAGUAUAAUAAAGACGUUGGAAAUUAA